GUAUCCUUUGCGUGGCUGACCAGUGUCAUGGUUUACGUGAACUGGCGCUGAACUACCACCUGCUGAGCGACGAGCUUCUGCUGGCUUUGUCUUCGGAAAAACACGUCCGGUUAGAACACUUGCGCAUUGACGUUGUCAGUGAAAAUCCUGGCCAGACUCAGUUCCACACGAUUCAGAAGAGCAGCUGGGACGCUUUCAUCAAGCAUUCGCCUAAAGUAAACCUCGUAAUGUACUUUUUCUUGUACGAAGAAGAGUUUGACCCCUUCUUUCGUUACGAGAUACCUGUCACUCACCUUUACUUUGGAAGAUCGGUAAGCAAAGACGUACUUGGCCGCGUUGGGAUGACCUGUCCUCGGUUAGUUGAACUGGUGGUGUGCGCCAAUGGAUUGCGGCCGCUGGACGAGGAGCUGAUCCGCAUCGCGGAACGUUGCAAGUAUCUGUCGGCCGUUGGCCUAGGAGAGUGCGAAGUCUCUUGCAGUGCCUUCGUUGAGUUUGUGAAGAUGUGUGGCGGUCGUCUCUCUCAGCUUUCUAUUAUGGAGGAAGUCUUGAUUCCUGAUCAGAAAUACAGCCUAGAGCAGAUUCAUUGGGAAGUUUCAAAGCAUCUUGGUAGAGUCUGGUUCCCGGACAUGAUGCCCACAUGGUAA